UUCUCUCUCUCUCUCUCUCUCGAUCUACCCAAAGUAGCGGGAGCGAAUAGUAAAACACCACCGACAUGUCCGAUCACCACGCGCGGCUGAACCGCCUCCGCACAACCUCCCAUCUCCUCCGUCAAACCACAACCUCCUUCUCCACGCACCCUCUCACUUUCAUCUCCCUAACUCUCCUCCUCUUCUCCUUCCACUCCCUCCUCGACCACUUCUCCCUCCUCCUCACCUCCUUCGUCGACACCGACCCUUCCCUCCGCUCCCUCCUCUCCCGCCUCCCCAACUCCCAACCCUCCCCCACGCGCCUCAACAACCCCCGUCGCGCCCCCUUCCUCCAGCUCACGCGCCUCGGCACCUUAGACGACGACUUCUUCUCCACAGACGAGCACCACCGAUCCCUCCAAGGCUCCCCCUUUCGAUCUCCCCUCAACUCCACGACCCUAAUCCUCUCCGGAUUCGAUCGCAUUUCGGGAUUCACGCUCCCAAUUGGAGACAACGGUCUCUCCUUACCUCAGAUCGUACGCUCCGGGUUCUCCUUACGGGAGCUUAGAGAUGAAGACGAAGAAGGGCAUGAUCAAGAACCUGAAACCGAGAAGAAAGUCGAUGACUUUGACUUUGAUCUGAAGCUUUUUUUGAAAAGUUUGGAUCUUGGCCGCGGAGGAGACGCGGCGGCUCUGUUUUAUCUCGUGAGCUUCUUGUCCGCCGCCUACGGGUGGGUGAUUCUGGGGUUCACGACGGUUUACUCGUUGGUGUUGGCGAUUACGUUUGUUACUGUUGUCAACGACUUGCUUGAUAGGUUUCCUUCUUUCUUUGACGUCGUGUGGAGUGGUUCGAGGUUAGGGUUUAAGAGAGUCACGGGGUUUGUUUUGAUGAGGUGGGCGGUGAGGGACGCGUUGACGCAGCUUCUUGGGUUGUGGUAUUUCGGUGAGGUGGAGGAUCAGUACUCGUUUUUUAGGCUCUUUGUGAGGUUAAAGUUGAUGCCUUUCACUGUUAUGCCGCCGUGGAUUCGUGGGUUUGAGAAGGAGAUAUCUGGUUUUUUGUUUGCUUGGUUUUUGCUUGAUACGGUUAUUGGUUUGGUGUUGGCUCUUGAUGCUUUUGUUGCUGUUGUGGAUCCGAGGAUGAGGGGGAGGGAGAUUGUGAAGGAAGGGCUUUAUUUGAUAUCUCUAAUGUUGCAUCAGGCUGUGCAGAUCAAGUGUCUUGAAGCGAUUCUGUGUGGUUCUUUCUUCAGAUGGGGUUUGGUUCGUGUUGUGGGGAAAGGGUUUGCUUGUGUGGUACAGUCUGCGUUGGAAGUUUACUUCAUGGCGGUUUGGUUAGUGUUUUACUUAGCGGUUAGGUGUAAAGAUGCAAAUGCAGAAGAAGGUAGGAGGUUUGGGAGAAGAGAGAUGGAGAAUAUGGUGGAUGGGAUAAGAUGAUGAUAAUGAAACUGGUUCUGUAGAAUAAGCAUGGUCAGUCAAUGCCACCAAUGGCUACAUACAUCCUCUGUGCUAAAAAGUUGUCAUGAAGACUAGGUUCCCUUUGGUUUUAGGAUUACAGUUGAUUCAUGUGUACGCUGUGAGCUGUGAAAGAGAGGAAGCACGCUUGAUUACAUGGCUACUGUGUAUACUCUCAUUUGCAAGAGUGUCCCCUUUUGUAUAUAUCUUGCUGCAAUUGUUGAUAUAUCAAUCGUGUACCUAAUCUUGUGACCUAUUUUUUCCAACCAUUUUGGAUCUUUAUUUAUGUUUUAUGCAUUCAGUACAAAAAGUCUUACAAGGUGUUAUGACUUCGCUUGUCAUCAUUUUCAGUUUCUUUUCCCAAGACUUGAUGAUGAUGAGGAGAAGAUUAAUACACACAAGUUAUAGAUAAAAGUGUUGUGAUGAGAGUAUUGGUGAACGGGUUUAUAUAUAACAUAGCCGAAGUAGAAAUUUCCAGGCUUCUUAAUACAUGUUUGGACAUGACAGUUUGCCAAAGAGGUGAGAUGACGCAACUUUUAAGUGAUACAAUACGUGAGUCCUGCGGUUCUGNU